GUGAUCCUUGGACGAGUGGCUGACCUCCGCCUCCGCCGUGCUUUCCUGUCGUGCCUGGCUCCCAUCUGGUCCCUGGGCUCGGGAAUCGCAGAGGCCCUGCUGCAGGAGCGGCCGACCGUAACCUUGCUGCUAUCUUCCGCUCCCGAGAAGGUUCAGAUCGGCAGCAUCACUCUUCCUCUUGCAGUGCAAGGAGAAGAUCCAGCAGUCCGAUGUGCGCCCUUUGCCUACACAUCCGUCCAUGCUCGCAUUCUUCAGGCUCUGGCGUCGGCGAUCCGAGCUGACGAACCUGCCCUGCUGGUGGGUGAUACUGGUACCGGGAAAACUUCGGUAGUCCAGCACAUCGGCCGUUUGUUGGGCCAAGAGGUCCUUGUUUACAAUUUCAACGAGCAGAGUGAGUCCACUGAACUCAUCGGCGGCUUUCGUCCAGUCGACAAUGUCAUGCAACUUAUGUCUGAACUUGUUGAGUUGUUCUGCUCCACCUUCGAGAAGUCUUUCUCACGGCGCAAGAACGCGAGGCUUUUGGAAAAAGCUCGAGGGGACUUUCUGGGCCGACGAUGGGCUUCGGUGCUUCACAGCAUUGGAAGCGUGAUGUCCAAGGCCCAGCAGAGUCUGAGCGAUCCUGUGACUCAAGCCUCGAAAGGUGUGAAGGGCACACACCUUGCAGCAGAGUGGGAAAGGGUCCAGGACCUCCAUAGAAAGGCAUCCACAGUGGUCGCGGCAGGCUCUGCGCCCCGCUUCGAGUUCAAAGAGGGCUUGCUCGUCCAGGCCUUGCGUAGCGGUGCCUGGGUGGUGCUGGACGAGAUCAACCUUGCACCCUCAGACCUUCUGCAACGUGUGCAGGGUCUUAUAGAGAGGUCGUCAGGAUCUCACCUUGCCUUGCCAGAGUCCGGUGACGAGCAUGUGGUGCCACAUCCUGAGUUCAGACUCUUCGCGUGCAUGAACCCGCCGCGCUUGCCUCCUCCAGCAGAGGCAGAGGGUGAGGAAGACGUGCCCAUGUCGAGAGCUGGACAAGCUGCCGGGAAGAAGGAGCUCCCUCCAGGCAUUCGUGCACGCUUCACAGAGAUCUUCGUAGACGAGGAAUUCAUUUCCCGAUGCUAUUUUGCCCAAGCAGCGUCAGUCCUAGUGACGCAGUGUGCCACAGCCUCAUGGCCUAGACGGUCUCGCAGUCCAAUGUCGGUCUCUCCGCCGAAACCACGGCCGCUGCAGGCUCACGAUCUGAAGAAAAAGGUCUUCGUGGUUCCCACAUGGUGUGAUAUUUGCAAAGGUGUACUGGUCGGCCACGGCUUUGUCUGCGCAGGUCCUUGCCAGAUGAGGUGUCAUCGGGGACUCGGGGCCAACGGCGCAGAAAAUUGCAAAGCUGAGCUCCUCAUGAAGAAAUGCGAGGAGGUCGCCCAUGUCCAGGGACAGUAUCAGUUCGGCGACGUUACGAAGCAGAUCUUCAGGAAUGAGAAGCAGAGGAUCAAAGACCUGGUGGUGACAGAGUUUGUGAAGGAACAAGCGAGUUUCGGAAAGUUCGACAAGCUGAAAGCUUAUUCAGAAGCUCUCCAGGAGUGGUGGGACGAAGAUCGAGUGGUUCGAUACAUGUUGUUCGCCAUUGCCUCGAUCGAGCUCGUGCUCCUCGUGAUCAGUUACAGCUCAGUGUUUCUCUGUGCUUGGCCCGUCCAUGGCGCAUCGCGGGCGGGACGUUUAGCCUGGCUGCAGGCCGUGUCCAACUGCACGUCGGCUGCCGUGUUUGAAGGAUUGCUGCUACUUCUGAUCCAUGUGCUCGCCACUCAGCUCCUGGUCUACUCCGAUCUUGUACACAGCUUUGUUCGUGAAAUACUGCAAAUCAAUCUCAGCGAACUACAGAUAGACGUGGGGAAAGCUGCUGAUGCCGUCACGAACAUCACGAUCCAUGGCCUUAAGACGACGGCUUGCAUCGCAUGCCUUGGGAUGGCGUUGUGGAUGAGGGCCGUCCAGCUGGUCUACGACAACAGCCAUCCAUGA